UGUAAAUCCUGCCAGUAAGGUGUCAUUGGUUUCAGCAAGCAGCAGCAGUUGCAUGCCUGAGUGUGGCGACAGCGGCAUGGGCAGCCACUUUGAGAUGACACCACCAAACAUGUCAAGCUCACAGGUUCUUGCCUUGCCUCUCGACACCAGCCAACCGUUGCUAAGGAGCUCCACCCCGAUACCAAAGGAGCUCAACAUAACUGUUGAGUCUGAAUACCCACGUGAUCCGCAUGACACGACAUUUCAGCUCUCCAGUGACUCAGAAAGCACAGACUCUGACGAGUUUGAGAACGAGGAGCCGUUCAGGUUGCAGCAUAAAUCCCAUACUCGUAAAACGUGUGCUGCAGAUGAGAGGCUAUUUAUCGUAGCAGAAUCUUGUUUAAGAGAGCUGCUAUCAGUGUGUCCUUCAUGCCAGCGAGAUGAUGUUGAAGCUGAUAUAACUCUCAAGGGCACCUGUGUAAGAGCAAAGAUGACAUGCGGUUGCCAAAAAGAAAGGCUGUGGUACAGCCAGCCAUGGGUGGGCAAUAGGCCACUGGGGAAUGUUUUGCUGUGCUGCGGGAUACUUUUCUCUGGUACAAACAUUGCCAAAGCCCUCCGAAUGCUGAAAAUUAUGGGAGUCCCAGCACUCAGGAGGUCCCAGUUCUACAAAACGCAGCAAUGUUAUUUGUUUCCUGCAGUAAACAAUGUAUACGAGACGAAGCAGCAACAACUGCUGGAGGAGCUGCGCCCAGUGCCUCUAACAGUUGCUGGUGAUGGGAGGUGUGAUUCUCCGGGUCACACGGCUCUCUAUGGCACGUAUACAUUACUGGAGACCACUGCCAAUCGCAUUGUACACUUCGAGUUAGUCAAGGUCACAGAGGUGACAAGCAGCAACGCCAUGGAGAAGCAUGGGCUACAAAGGUGUCUUGCAUUUCUCGAGGUGCAUGACAUGGUAGUAGACAUGCUUGUCACGGAUCGGCACACAGGCAUCAAAGCCAUGAUGAGAGACUUGUGCCCCCACAUUAAGCAUCGAUUUGAUGUGUGGCAUGUUGUCAAAGGUAUCAAGAAGAAACUUCUUGCUCUCGGUCGCACAGCAAAGCAUCAGGUGGUGCAGCUGUGGAUCGAGAGUAUAGUUCGGCAUGCCUACUGGUGCCCCAAAACCAGUGGGGAUGAUGGUGAACUGUGCCGGGCUAAAUGGGUGUCCUUGAUGAACCAUAUCGUUGACGUCCAUCAACACGAAGACCCUCGGUACCCUGUCUGCUACCACGGGCCAGUGUCCCCCCCAAUGGAAAUUGUCCCCCCCAUUCCAAGCUGA